AUGUCACUUCACGAUUUUCCUGUUGACUGGAUACUCCGUGUAUUAGGUGAGCGUGCAGCGUCAUAUAACAUUGUCAAUCAUCCAGAAAGGACUGCCAAUGUGGUGCACUUUGCUGCCUGGAUCAACUACUACACUAUGGCCGACAAGCUGCUGUUCUACAACGACAAGUACGAUGAUCAUAAGCCUGCAAAGCCUCCACCAAAGCCUCAAAGGCGACCUGCUACAGACCAACCUGGAGACUACGAAGCACGUGUGAGAGAGUGGGAGGCCUCAAAGGCACGCAUACCAGUGGUACUGAAACCCGGAAACUCUAUGAGAGCGUCAUACUAUGUGGAGAAGAUGCUACCAGUAUACUGCGCUGCAUACAGUCAUCUAGUCGCUCAGUCUGAUGUACUCCGGGCUGAGGUACCUGUACAACAACGAUAUACUUGGUAUCUGCAAGAAGAUAACGACCCAAGCCAUGGCACACGCAACUGCAACUCUCUGCCAGCAGUAUAUCGGCACGAACAUGGUGUCAAGGUGCUCUCACAUCCAGCUAAUUCACCCGACCUCAACCCUAUUGAAGGCAUCUGGAACAUCAUCAAGGAACGCGUCAAACGUCAACUAUAUACUAUCAACACCAUCACAGAGCUUAAGGCAGCACUACAACACGAGUGGAAGCAGGUUGGUCAAGAAAUGGUGCAAGAGCGUAUCAAUGAGAUACCCUAUCGGUGUAGGCAGGUGUUUCAGCACCCCAGUGUUUGGUGCAAAACUGCGCUCUGGUAG